AUAUAUGCUUCUCUCACUUCACAAACUUAAUUUGAACCUCUCACCUUGCUCAUCAUCUGGAAUUUAUUUGGCAGUCAUGGAUUAUUCAUCAUGGAUUAACACUUCCUUGGAUCUCAACAUUAAUCUCCAUAGGGUUCACGAAGAACUUCCCAAAAAGCAGGUGGAAAACAAUUUUUUCUCAUUGGAUUUGGAGGUGAAGAAAUCUUCUGUAAAACAAGAGUCAGCAGGUGCCUUGGCGGAGGAACUGAAGCGGGUGAGUGCAGAAAACAAGAAGUUAACCGAAAUGCUCACAGAGAUGUGUGAGAACUACAACACUUUGCGAAGCAAUUUGAUGGAAUACAUGAGGAAGAAUCCUGAUAAGGAGCUCAGCUCAUCAAAGAAAAGGAAGUCUGCAAGCAGCAACAACAAUAGUACUAUUCCAAUGGGAGUCAACGGAACCUCUGAAAGCAGCUCAACCGAUGAGGAAUCCUGCAAGAAUCCAAAGGAAGACAUGAAGACAAAAAUUUCAAGAGUUUAUAUGAGGACAGAAGCAUCUGAUACAAGCCUUAUUGUGAAAGAUGGAUAUCAAUGGAGGAAAUAUGGACAAAAGGUGACCAGAGAUAACCCUUCUCCAAGAGCAUAUUUCAAGUGCUCUUUUGCUCCAAGCUGCCCGGUCAAAAAGAAGGUGCAAAGAAGUGUGGAUGAUCAAUCUGUUCUGGUUGCAACUUAUGAAGGAGAGCACAAUCAUACACACCCUUCUCAAAUGGAGGUAACAACAGGUUCCAACCGUUCAGUAUCAUGUUCAGCGUCUCUUAGCUCUUCCGCACCAACAGUUACCCUUGACUGGACAAAAUCCAAGUCCAGCAGUGAGUCUAAGAAUGUAAAUCCCAAAACUGAAUCACCAGAAGUCCCGCAGGUUUUGGUAGAACAGAUGGCUACUUCCUUGACCAAGGAUCCUAAUUUCAGAGCAGCACUAGUUGCCGCCAUCUCUGGAAAAAUGUUGCACAAUAAUAAUUAAGUAGAAAAUGAGUCAACUGUAUUUAACUCAUCGUUAAGCAGUAUUCUAUAAGUGGAUCUUGUUUAGAGCACAUGAUCUCUUUGUAAAUACAACAUAGGACAUUGCUACGUAUGUAGAGCUCCUCAAUUUAAUCAAUCCUUUUGGUGGAAUAGAGCUCCACUCAGGAUCGAUAGCAUGUCUAGCUGAUUGUGCAUUUGCUAAUCAUGCUCAUCUCAGUCUUCUCUAUUCUUCUGCAUCUGGAUGGUUAAAAUUAGGUUUCCAAUUAAGUUCUGGCGAAGUUUCUAUACUAUAGCAUACAAAAGCAAAGAGAAACUUUGUUUCGAAAAGUGCAACUCUAUUGAGUAUUGAGUAUUGACAAUACAAUAUCUCCUUGUCAUUUUCCAACUGUC